AUGGCCCCAUCACCACCAAGGGGACUCGCCAUCUGGUCGGUCGCCCUCUGGACCAUCCUGCUCGCCCUUAUUGCCACAACCGCCUCGGCUCUCGAUGAGUCCCAAUCCGGUGUCAUCGACUGGCACCACAGAUGGAUUGGAGCCCCACAUAUGACUGCAAACGUCCGUAACGUACGCGGAUCGAACUCGAUCUAUGUUGCUACCGAUAAGAACGUUAUUGCCUCGAUCAAAACAAAGUCAGGAGAACUCCUCUGGCGCCAGGUGCUCGGCGAGAAUGAGAUCGUUCAUGCCAUUCGUGCCGUUACCGGAAACGUCGUUUCAUUGACUGGAACCAAAGACUUCCAUGUUCGCCUUCUGGACUCCAAGACUGGACAGCCUCACUGGGACUUUUCCCCCGCAGGCGAAGGCUCGUCGGAGUUUGGCCAGGCCGUGACUUCGACCAGGGAGGACGGAAACUUGAUCGUCUUGAACGAGGGCGCUAACGUUCGCAAGUUGAACAGCAAGACUGGAGCCCAGAUUUGGCACUGGAAGGCCGCGGCUGGCUCUGCUACCACCUACUUCUCGGUCCUGGAGGCUAACGGAUUCACUGGCGCCGAGGAUGUAGUCUACGUUUUGGGACUUCAGCGCGGGAUCGCUGCCUUCUCUCUCGAGGUUGUCGCAUUGGAAUCUGCCACCGGUAAGCUCGUCAAGACUUUCAACAUCAAAUCCAAGAUCGACAAGGUCGAGGAUGUUUUGACUCUUGGAGGCGGAUCGCCCCUCAAGGAUGGCUAUGUUGCCUGGUUGGAGCAGGAUUACUUGAAGAUCCUCAGCCUCGGAACUGACAAGCCGACCCAGUCAACUUUGAAGGUUCUCAUCUCCGAUAUUCCUGAUUUUGAGCAGUUGCAGGCUCCCUUGACCUUUGUUGAUCUCGGCUUGCCCGAAGGUUACACUCAGUUCUUGCUUGCCGGAACUGUGGGAGAGUAUAACGACGCCAAGGCCGCCGUUCUUUUAGAGAUUGACCAGUCGACCGGAAAGGCAGGGAUUAUUUACGACUUUGGCGAGCGCACUGGAUUCUCCGCCUGGUCUGCCACGAUCAUUCCAGGAACAGAAGAUGUUGCUGUCUUGAGAGCUUACAGAAACGACCCCGAUGUCGCUAUUUUGGAGGUGGUCAAUGCCAAGGAGCGCAAGGUUACCCUCGAGCAAGAAAUUCCCCUGGACUUUGAGAAGUUUGCCCAUUUUACCUUUGCCUCCCUUGAGCAGUACACCAAGGGUCAGGGGGUUCAGACCCGUAUCUAUUUCUCGACCAUGGACGGUUCCUUCCACGCCUUUUCCGAUGUCGAGUCUGAGAGCUGGUAUCGUGAGGAGUCCUUGGCCUAUGCCAAGGAUGUCGAGAUUGUCGAUCUCCCUGAGCGCAAGCUCUGGACUCAGGAUGUCGACGAGGUUGGACAUGUCAAGUCGGCUAAGAACGAGUCGAUUGUCGCCCACUAUAUCGAGCGUUUGACCUCCCAUGUCCACCAGCUGAAGGAUCUUCCCGCCUUCCUGCUGUCCUAUGCCAACCCCUCGUCGCUGUUCACCAAGGCCCCCGUCGCUGUCCCUUACUCUGAGGUCCAGAUCGGUGUCAACAACACCAUCCAGCCCCUUUACCGUGACCAGUUUGGUCUUCGCAAGAUCUUGAUUUUCAGCACUGAGAAGGGCAAACUUAUUGCUGUUGACUCUGCCAACAAGGGCCAGAUCAUUUGGAGCCGAUUCUUUUCCAUGGGCCACGAUAUCAAGAACAUUGUCAUCAUCCGCCACGCCAACGUCCGUCUCCCUCCCGUUCUCGCCGUCAUUGCCCAGACCGAAGAUGGCGGUCACAACAAGGUUACUCGCAUGUACCGCAUCAACGCUUUGACUGGAAAGGAUUACGAUUCUGGAAACUUCUUCUUCCCCUCCGCCUCCUGGAUUCCUGCCGGAUACUUGAGCGCUUUCAAGCUUCCUAUCGAGGAUCCUGAUGAGAAGACUCAGGUGUUGUGCUUGGUCGAUGACCGCAUGCACAUCACCACCUUCCCCACCACCGAACCUGUCGAGCAAGCAUUCAAGGCCCUCUCAGAGGACCUGUACUUUACUUUGGAGAACAAGAUCGGAGGCAAGAAGGUCAGCGGAUACAAGGCUAUCGUUUCUGCCGAGACUGACCGCAUGGAUGUCGAGCCCACCUGGACCGUUCCUUUCCCUGAAGGCGAGGAGAUUGUUGCUCUUGCCGAGAGGCCCUCGUACGAGGUCAUGUCGUCAUUGGGUCGUGUCCUCGGUGACCGUGGUGUCAUCUACAAGUACCAGAACCCCAACUAUGCUACCGUCAUUACUGCCAACAAGACCCCCAAGAACGGUAUGGCUCCUUACAUCACCGUCUACUUGAUCGACACUGUCAAGGGCAGCAUCCUCUACCAGGCCACGCACGAGAACGUUGGUGCUGAGCAAAAAAUUCUGGCUACCCAGUUCGAGAACAACGUCGUCUACACCUUCUGGUCUGAGGGUGAGACCUCGACCUCUGCCAAGGGCUUCCAGGCUGUCUCCCUGGAGUUGUACGAGAGCAAUCUCCGCAACCAGCGUACCAAGAGCGACACCUUCUCGUCGUUCACUGCUGAGAAGCCCCAUGUAAUUGCCCAGUCGUUCCCCUUCUCGCAGGCCGCCAGCGCCAUUGGUGUGACGACAACUAAGGCCGGAAUCUCUGCCAAGGAUAUCCUCUUUGGACUCUCUCGCCACUCGAUUAUGGCGAUCAACCAGCGCUACUUGGACCCUCGUCGCCCCACUAGCGCACCCACCGCGUUGGAGAAGGAGGAGAUGUUGAUCCCUUACAGCCCCAUCCCCGACGACGCACGUCUGUUCCUCUCCUACAACUUGGAGGUUGCCAACAUCAAGAAGAUUGUCACUUCGCCUACACUCUUGGAGUCAACGACGGUUGUUGUUGCGUUUGGACAGGAUGUGUUUGUGACCCGCCAUGCGGCCUCCAAGACGUUUGAUAUUCUGAACGAAGACUUUUCGAAAUCCCAGUUAGUGCUCACUAUUGUUGCGCUGGCCGCUGUUCUCUUUGUCACCAAGCCUAUGGUCGUCAAUAAGCAGCUCAGAGAGUUGUGGUACUAA